AUGGAUGAGCAAGACUCAGCUGGGCCUGAAGCAGGAAGAGGCCAUUCCAUCCAAAUUCUUAGCCAGAGAAUAAUCUGGGGAAAGUCUGCCCAGAGGAUCCUGAGUGAGGAGGACACCCUCCGCUCAGAUGUGCAGAGCCAGCAGCUCGGGCGGCUUUGCUACCAGGAGGCCAAAGGACCCCGAGAGGUUUGCAACCGACUCUACCACCUUUGCCGUCAGUGGCUGAAACCAGAAACCCACACGAAAGCUGAGAUGCUGGACCUGGUGAUCUUGGAGCAGUUCCUGGCUGUCCUUCCACCAGAGAUGGAGAGCUGGGUGAAGGAAUGUGGAGCGGAGACCAGUUCCCAGGCGGUGGCCCUGGCCGAAGGUUUCCUGCUAAGUCAGGCAGAGGAGAGAAAGCAGGCAGAGCAGCAGGUGAGAGAGACUUUCCUCUGGAUACUCCCAAGGGGCUCCGAACUUGAGGGAGAGUAUCCCCCAAUUCUCUACUAAUUUUGUCAUCCUUUUUUUGGAAAGGAUCCGAGGAAUGAAAUCUGAUACCCCUAAAGUGUGUAUGUCCUUUGCCAUUCCAGUUCUAAUCUAAUAGUUUUGAUUGCUUGUUGCUCUUGCAGGAGAAGGAUCAGUUUCCAGAAAUGGGUCUGGAUUCCUCUAAGGUCGAGAGAUCUCCGUUGGACUCCAGAGUAAGGCCACUGGGUAAGGAGGAAGGAGUUUUUUCUUCCCCAUUUUGUCACAUUAUGUUUUUUUUUGAAACUAAUUUGUGAGUUUUCUACAUCUUUUUUGAGAAGACACAUGAAGCCCAGAGGAGGGGAGAUGUAUUUUAGCACAACUAAUAUGUGAAAUGGUUACUAACGUCCACAUUAACGUGGCUGUUCUUACUUUUUGGAAGGCCCACCUAUAGCUUUCUUUCUAAGUGAAGCAUGCACUUACCUUUUUCUCUCGUAGGAGACCGAACGAUACCAGCAAGACCUGUUUAUCCAUCUUUUCUUGGUGGCAAAGGGGAAGCUGCCCCUGUGGAACCAGAGCAGGUAGGAGGAAGGAGCCAUGUGGGGAAAGAGGAUGUCAUGGACGGGUUGGACACAGAGGAAAGGUGGGAGGGACCGCCAAGGAAAGAAGGGUUGAAUGCUAAAAUCGCCUUCUAAGCAGUUUACACACCACACCAAACCCCAUCAGUCGCAUAAUGGGGCUUUCCCCCACUCAUCCCCCUGUCAUUGCCCCCCUGCGCACCUUGAAGUUGUCUAAGAGGACAACCUUUUUUGUUUUCUUUUAGGAUCCAGUGUGCUUUGAAGAUGUAGCUGUGCAUUUCACAGACGAGGAGUGGGCGUUGCUGGAUCCUGACCAGAGAGCUCUGCACAAGGAAGUCACGGAGGAGAAUCGUGGGAUCUUGGACUGUCUCGGUAAGGCGUCCUCUUGGAUCAUCCUAUCUGCUUUGAAAUUCAAGAUAUAUCUCUAUGGGAGGAACCUCUGAUUUUUCGAUGGGGCUCAACAGCACCACCCACAGCCCCUGGGAUUCUAACACUCCCACAGAAAACCUUGGAUGGAAGACUAUUGACUGUUUUCCCUGUGAAUAUUCUUCCUCCAGUUCUGCCUUUUCAAAGCAUGAAACCCAGCCAGAUGGGCGGGUUAUAAACAAUAAAAUUAUUACAAUUAUUAUCAUUAUCUCAAUCAUGCCUCCCCCCCUCCAAGAUGGCUCCCCUUUUGGUCUUGAAGGGCUGGCCUGUCUGCAGCCCCACAGCCUCCCAUCAGGGCCCCUUCACCAGGGGCAGCAGUAGAGGAAGGGCCUCAGGAAAGCAGCCAUGACUCCAACAGGACUGGGAACCAUCUGGCCAGAUUCAGAGGAGCAGGAGAAGAAGGAAGGCUGACCCCUCUCCUUCCCCGCAUAGGGCCAGGGCCGCCAGAGGCGCAGGGUGCUGAGCAGGGGGAAAGGAGCUCAGCUAAAGAGCCUCUGGGGGAGAUAAGAUAACCCUCCGUAUUUUUCCCAGGCUCCUCUGAACUGCACAAGGCCUUCUUAAAUGUAGGCUUCAAAGUGAUUCAUGAAGUUCAAGUAGCUUCUGUCAGAUUUUUUGUUUCCGUUCUUGCUUCUUUCUGUCCUGGGUUGACCAAAGAGACGAGUGACAUUGGAGGUGGCACAGAUCCCAUGUUUGGGCCAAACAAAAUCCAUCCCAGAAAAUAACCAGGCUGUUUGAAUCUCAGGCAGUGAACCCUGCAGGAAGACCUCACAUCUAACUCCUUUCAGUUCUUCCUGAAUCACAAACAUUAAUUAGCACUGCUCCCUGAUUUGGGGCUCCAUUGCUUCCUGAGGCUCCAAUCUGUUUCUCUCUCAGUUCCAGGUGGUGAUGAAUUGGAGCUGAAGAACGAAGGAGACCACGACAAAAGUUACAGAGUGGGGAAGUCAUAUCCAUAUUCAGAGUGCAGAGAGAGCUUCAGUCAGAGCUCCCAUUCCACUUCAAAUCAAAGAAAUCCCCUUGAGAAGAAACCCUAUCAGUGCUUGGAAUGUGGAAAGAGCUUCAGACAGAGAAGCAAGCUCACUGUCCAUCAGAGAAUUCAUACAGGGGAGAAACCCUAUCAGUGCCAAGAGUGUGGAAAGAGCUUCAGUCAAAAGGGCAGCUUAACUACCCAUCAGAGAAUUCAUACAGGGGAGAAACCUUAUUAUUGCUUGGAAUGUGGACGGGGCUUCAUUGACAGACGCCAGCUCACUGUCCAUCAGAGGAUUCAUUCGAGGGAGAAACCUUAUCAGUGCUUGGAAUGUGGAAAGAGCUUCAGUAAGAGCAGCCAGCUCACUUCCCAUCACAUACUUCAUUCCGGGGGGAAACCAUAUCAGUGCUUGCAAUGUGGAAAGAGUUUCACUUGGAAAAUAAGUUUCACUUCCCAUCAGAGAAUUCAUACAGGUGAGAAACCAUAUCACUGCUUGGAAUGUGGAAAAAGCUUCAGCCACAGAGGCCUUCUCAAUGUCCAUCAAAGAAUUCAUACAGGGGAGAAGCCAUAUCAGUGCUUGGAAUGUGGAAAGAAAUUCACCCAGAGUUCCCAUCUCACAACCCAUCACAGAAUUCAUACAGGGGAGAAACCCCAUCAGUGCUUAGAAUGUGGAAAGAGAUUCAUUGAGAAGGCCAAACUCACGAUCCAUCAAAGAAUUCACAGCGAGGUGAAAAUAUUUCAGUGCCAAGAAUGUGGAAAGAGCUUCAGACACAAAGGCCAGCUUAAUGUACAUCAAAGAAUUCAUACAGGGGAAAAACCCUAUCAGCGCUUGGAAUGUGGAAAGAUAUUCGGAAUAAAAAGCCAGAUCACCUUCCAUCAGAGAAGUCAUACAGGGGAGAAAACCUAUCAGUGCCAAGAGUGUGGCAAGAGCUUCAGAAAAAAGAACAGUUUUACUUCCCAUGAGAGAAUUCAUAAAGGGGAAAAACCUUAUCAGUGCUUGGAAUGUGGAAGGGGCUUCAUUGACAGACGCCAUUUCAAUGUCCAUCAGAGGAGUCAUUCGGGGGAGAAGCCCUAUCAGUGCUUGGAAUGUGGAAGGGGCUUCGUUGACAGACGCCAGCUCACUGUCCAUCAGAGGAUUCAUUCAGGGGAGAAACCCUAUCAGUGCUUGGAAUGUGGAAAGAGUUUUACUUGGAAAACAAGUUUCACUUCCCAUCAGAGAGGUCAUACAGGGGAGAAACCAUAUCAGUGUUUUGAAUGUGGAAAGAGCUUCAUUCUCAAAGCCCUUCUCCGUGUCCAUCAAAGAAUUCAUACAGGGGAGAAGCCAUAUCAGUGCUUGGAAUGUGGAAAGAAAUUCACCCAGAGUGCCCAUCUCACAACCCAUCACAAAAUUCAUACAGGGGAGAAACCCUAUCAGUGCUUGGAAUGUGGAAAGAGAUUCAUUGAGAAGGCCAAACUCACGAGCCAUCAAAGAAUUCACAGCAAGAGAAAACUAUUUUAG